AUGCUAAUGAAUUCUGCAGCAGAUAACGCCAAAACCCGUGGCAAUAUUGCGUUAAAUUUAACGGAACUUCCUUCUCACUUCUUUCUUCAGGGUACAAAUGUUGUGUUCCCAAACGGCAAUAUUGAUCCGUGGCAUGCACUUGGACUAUACUCACAUAUACAGCCAUCAAUUGUGCCCAUCCUUAUAAACGGCACGGUUCACUGCGAAGACAUGCAACCAGAGCUUCCCACUGAUCCACCAGCUCUAGUCAACGCUCGCAAAAUUAUCGCCUCUAAUAUCGAUAUAUGGCUUCGGGGUAAACGAAAACAACAGGAUGUAAAGGCUGAAAUGCCGAAAGUUACAUCACAAAUCAAAAAAACGCGAUCAAAGCUUCCAAAAAUGAAGCAGUUCAGUUCGGUGCUGAAAAGAGUACCGUUAAAACCAAUCAGACAGGAAUUAUAUCAUACGGAGACGAUACCGGGACACUUAAAAUCAUUCAUUUGGGGCCGACCGCUGAGGGGACUUGUUGUUGAUCCACCAGCACCAAUCGAUAUGGUUGCUUAUCCUGAAGGCUUCAUCGCUGGAACCAUUACUAUGCCUCUUGAUCACUUCGAGGCCACAAACACCAACACAUUCAAUCAGGUG